AUGGCAGACCACGAGGAGAUUCCAUUGUCCGUUGAGAAAAUUAGCAAGGAACAUAAGAAACGGUCGAGCCGCAACAAUACAAAUUGGCAAGAAGGCAUGUCCCGGUCGGCUGUUAACAAUUUGGCUCACUGCCAUCGUCAGAAAAGUGGUCGGGAUUCUCGUGACUCGUCCACAUGCUUCAAAAUGAGACCACAAGCCGCUCGAUGCCUCGAAGAUAACCACAGAAAUGUGUCCGUGCUGGAUUCUCGCGGAAUACAAAAAACAAAACAAAACAGAUAA